AUGUCGUCCGCGACAGGAAACCGAAUCACAAAACCCAAAGUAAAAAAGACCCGACGCGUCUCAAAAGCCCUCCCACUGGUCGAACGCACAAAUGCCCUCUCAGCAGCAGACUUCAUAAGCAAAUAUGCCUCAGAAGACACAAAAAAAGUGGACAUCUACACAUCUGCCACAAUCAGCGAGGCAGAUCUAGAAGUAUGUCUGGAUUUAGUGGAAGAGACAUCCAGCGCCGCAUACGCAUCUAGCAGUGGGUGGUCGCGGAGCAAGAAGCGGAAGGAGAUGAAAUUGCCAGACAUGAAGUACAUGAUUGUGCGGGGGUCGGGAUGUGUUACUGGGUUUUUAUCUUUUAUGGUGACCUACGAGGAUGGGAAGGAGGUUGUGUAUUGUUAUGAGAUUCAUCUUGCGGGGGAAGUGCGGGGACAGGGAAUUGGGGGGAAGUUGAUGGGGAGGAUGGAGGAGGUUGGACGGGCAGUUGGUGUUGAGAAGGCUAUGUUGACUGUUUUUAAGUCGAAUGGGGUUGCGACUAGGUUUUAUGAGAGACUUGGGUAUGGGGUUGAUGAGUAUUCGCCUGGUCCGAGGAGGUUGAGGAAUGGGACGGUUAAGGAGCCGGAUUACUUGAUUUUGUCUAAGGUGUUGAAAUGA